AUGAAAGAUCUCAGCAGCUACACUGUCCUUUCAAUUCCAGGUGAUACAACGAUAGCCAUUUCGGCAUUAUAAAUUGAGUCUCUUUUGCCUACAAUCUUACUCAUCCAUUGGUUAUAAGUUUUACUCUAGAAUCAAACUUUAUAAUCCGUUGUUUCGUGAAUUGUUAGCUUGAAAUAGUUUUUUAAUUUUCUCCUUCAUUUGUGCUUUUCCUAUGGACAUUAGAGAUUAUGAUUCAAGAUGGGUACUGAGCAAUCCUAACCUUCAACAAUGAGCGAUCUUCUUUGUCAUGGUCUACAUAGAGAGAAUUCCCAUAGGCAAGGAAUUAGAUCUCUUUGCACAAGAGGGUUAUGAGGACUGUUUAUGACCAUUGUUAAAUGUGAGAAAAGCUUCAUGUUCCGUGGUCAGUCUGUGUCGCUAUUUGAAUCGCUAUCCCAAUUGAUAUAUUUAUGUGGUAAGUACAUAAGCAUGCAUCAACUAACUUCUCUGUUAAAUUUCAUAUCCUUGAUCACUUAAUGAAGGUCUGGAUCCUGAUCAAAUGUUUGUCAAGAAAAUCUAUGUGCUGACCUAUGAUGAUGUUGAAGGGGAUUGGAUGUAGGUUGGAGAUGUCCCUUGGGUGUCUGAUAUCUGCCAUCCUCCAUGUAUAUAGGCAUAUACAAUUGUACUUGUACACUUCUAAUUAGCAAUGUUUUUUCCAUCCUAUCUUGGUCAGCAUGUUCUUGUCAUUUGUGAAGAGUUUGAAUAUCAGAUGGGCUGACAGACUCUAG